AAGAGCUCGUUGCAUUCUUCAUCAAUCAAAACUUGCUUUCAAGAAUCUGAAAUAACUACGGGAAAAAAUAUAUAUUUUUCCAGUGUCUUGAAACGAUGUUGAACGCAAAGAAAUUGAUCGAGAUGGCGAGGAAGUGGCAACAGAGAGCAGUCCUGAGGAGGAAGAGAAUAGCAUCGGCAAGAUCAUCGACCGUGGAGAGAGGCUGUUUCGUGGUUUACACGUCGGAUAAAAGGCGUUUCGUUUUACCGAUAACUUAUCUUACCGAAUCUAUCUUCCAAGAACUCUUGAAGAUGUCAGAAGACGAGUUUGGUCUGCCGGGAAACGGACCGAUCACACUGCCAUGUGAUUCAGCC